AUGACUAUGGGUUCAACUACACGCUGGUCCCUGACGAAGAAGAUCAAGGUUAUUAUUGCGUUGCGUCCAAAUACGUUGUACCCCACCGUUGCUGCAAAGGCUCUCGCGACUCUAGACCAGCUCAGUUCCGGUCGUGUUGUCGUGCACUUCAUCGCUGGUGGUAGUGAUGCGGAACAGGCUAAAGAGGGAGAUUUCCUAACGAAGGAGCAGCGAUAUGCCCGGCUUGAAGAGUAUAUCCGAAUCUUACGUCGCGCAUGGGAGUCCGCAGACCCGUUCGACUGGGACGGCAAAUACUACCAAUUCAAACAGUUCAGCAACCGCGUGCGUCCUGUCAACGGCACGAUCCCAGUAUCUCGGCACAGAAAGCUGGUCGAACUGACCGGCCCCGGAUCUGGGUCACGUUCCGGCAUAGUUGCAGAAACGGACGAACUGGCCUGGGCCAAAGCACAUCGUAUUCUCGACGCUUUGAAGACGCAUCGCGCAAAUGGACAGGGCAAGGUUCCUGCCGAUGCACCACCGCCGCAGAAUGUGGGAUCUCAGCGUCUGCUCGAGAUCGCGGCUCGGGGAGAAGUCCAGGAUCGCGCAUUAUGGUAUCCAACUGUUACAGCGACGAAUGCGCGCGGUGCGUCAACAGCCUUGGUUGGAUCGCCGCACAUUCUGGCCGAUUCCAUUCUAGAUUACGUGGAUCUGGAAGCGGAACUCAUCUCUAUUCGAGGCUAUGACAACCUCAAUGAUGCCAUUGACUAUGGACGCUACAUUCUUCCUUUAACUAGUGCGUGAGGAGCUCAAAGGAAGGGAGAAGAAAAACAACAGUCAGGUGGUCUGAGUAUGAAUUACUUGAACUUUUCUGUUUGGAUAAGAGAGAAUAUAAAGGAUUCUCGAAUAAGAGGUACGGAUUCAUAUACGGCGUAUACAGUCUUCUGCAAUUGAAAUUCUAUACUUUAAGAGCAGUAGACACCUUCGCUCUAUACGGAU